CCUCCCUUCCUCUCUCCCUCCCGGCAGUGCAUCCCCAUCCCCCACACGGUGGCCGUCUCUUCGGGUGAAAGCUGUCUUCUCUGCGCCACUGGUCCGACAAAACGUUGCUGUAGCAGAGCCAGUCCGCACCGACCUGAGGCACAACAGACCCACGGGAGAGAUCACGUACGCACACGGGGAAUCUUUUUUUUGUUCUACCGAGUGGCUUUGAUUUGCAUAUCCACUUCCACUCCUUCCUCAUUUGCAUACAGCAAGAAUGGCGAGCGGGCAUCCCACAGACAAAUUCAGUUUCAUGUAUCAACCAGACACGCACAAGAGUAAGAACAGGUUAGCUUCAGCUAUGAAUCCAGUCUACAGCCCCGUUCAGCCUGGCACCCCAUAUGGAAACCCUAAAAACAUGGCCUUUACAGGCUAUCCAGGAGGGUAUACUGCCACGGCUCCCACCUAUACACCCAACCUCUAUCAAACGGGCAGUCCUGGGUAUCCACCAGGAUAUACUUCAGCAGGCACCCCGUACAAAGUGCCCCCCACUCAGUCAAAUGGAGCGCCCCCUCCCUACACCCCCACCCCUACCCCAUACCCAACAGCCAUGUACCCCAUUCGCAGUGCCUACCCUCAGCAGAACCUAUACGCACAGUGCCCUGAGGCUACAAUGGUUGUGAUGGGAGCAUACUAUACCCAGCCAGUGUAUGCGGCUCAGCCACAUGUGAUUCAUCACACCACCGUGGUGCAGCCUAACAGCAUCCCCUCCACAGCCCUCUACCCUGCCCCUGUCCCUGUCCCUGCUCCUCGCAACAACGGCAUGGCUGCCAUGGGGAUGGUAGCUGGGACAACCAUGGCCAUGAGUGCAGGGACCCUGCUGACAACGCCCCAGCACGCCCAGAUUGGAGGACACCCAGUUACUGUGCCAACCUACAGGGCCCAAGGGACACCUGGGUACAGCUACGUACCACCUCACUGGUAGAGCCCACCCAUCAUAUCUGGAGUCCACCAUCGUAUGCAACUUCUCAAAUCUUACACGGGCUCCCACUGGUAACCAUGGGAACUCAACACCUGUCUGCAAGAACAAAACUAAAGUGCAACAGCCACUUUACUAUUAUUGUUAUUGUUAGUAUGCGACAUUCUCUAACGUUUUUACAAAAGCUGCUUUUAUUUUUCUCUGUUCAUUUGCCAACCAGUCAUUACCUUAUUUUGUAUGGCUAUUUUAUUUUUUUUAUUUGAUCUCCUCAUUUUCUGUUGAUGUGUCUGUCAUUGGAACUCCAGAAGGACUCUUGACCAAUCACGGGUGUCAGUUGCUCCUGUUUCUGUGUUGUGCUGGUGUGUGUGGUCCUUCCUGCUGCUGCUCAGUUGGUUGGAAAAUAUUGGGCACUUAUUCUCAGAAGUGCACUCAUUAUCAUCUCCAUCAGUCACUACGAAGACUUAAGCUGCCACAUUUCUAACAACUAGAUAUCAGCACAGGGUUUUAACAUAAUAAACAUUUUAGUUUUCUGGUUAUUUAAUUUUUUUGAUAUUCUUACUUUUACACAUCUGAAUUACUUUUUUUUAUUUUUAUUUUUUCCUCUCUUUUGUUCUUCCCUUCUCUAUCAUUUUUGUUCCCGCCUUGUUUCAUUUUCAGUUUAAUCUCAGUCGUCUUCCAGCGCCUAGCUGUCUGUCGGGCAGUAGUCAGUCCAUCAUCCCUGCCGUUUACGUGUCCGUGAGUGCUAUAGGCAGAUCACUUACCGACCAUUACCCAUGCUGCUGCUCACUGUGUCCACAUUAGCAUAGCACACACUAAGAAAACUUCACCUACUACAUGCUACAUACUAUGCAGGCUAGUAUGUUAUGACACUAUCGGAACCUUAACCUGUAAGAAUCUUUAUAAUAACCAUGUCAACAGCAUGGGUGUGUACACACACACACACACACACACAGGGGCUCCUGCGUUGUGUCAGAAAAAAAACACAUGAUCACUUAGUGGCACUUACUAUACAAUACCUCCAGUUAUGUUGUUACUGAUCACACACACACACACACACACACACACACACGUACGUGACGUGGGUUUCUAGGGGUGUGCAUGGCAGACAGCAGAGAAGGAGUUUAAAGGGAUUGUGUUGGCGCAAAGAGAGGAGAGCAGGACUGGAUGGAGAGAGCAGACUUUAAGGAAGGAGGAGGAGCUCACAUAUUCACAGUCGGGUUAUUUCAUUUCAAGGUACAAGACAUUUGAGUUUGGGACAUGUCACCUGCAAGAGGCCACCCAAACACUGCUAUUUUUGCACUACAUGUAUUGUACAUUGAUUCCUCACUGUGAUUACAUCACCUCCUCCUCCAUCCUUUCAGGCGAGGACUUUAUAACCAAACACUCAACAAAUAGAAACCCACGCUCUCGAGUAUACAGUUAAUAGUGGACCAGUCAAAUACAUGUGCUGAUGAAUGGAUAGGUUUCAAUCCACUAGUCCAUUUCACAGUUCUGUGAGUGCUGAAAAGACCAAACCAGUGACAUGGGUGGUUGUGCACCACAUUUAGGAAGAAAUGAUGGCAAAUCAGAGGGCUGUAGUGUGUAUACACCUGGUCUAUGUCAUAGGGAUGAUUUGUUAUGCUCUGAAUUUGGGUCAAAAUUUGAACUUUGUCGGUAUUACCAUAUGAAUUGCAAGAGCACUGUAGUAAAAAAAAAAGUGCUGGUUUUAGGGUUUGUGGCUCCAACAGUUGAACAAUAUUAAGACAUUUUAGCAAGAGUGCAGAGCCAUGAUGAUGCGGUCACUUAGUUGUAAACUGGUUCAGUCCAGUUGGCUUUUCAGACUUUAAGUCAUUUUUUUAUGAAAAAUCCAUUUGUCAUGAUAAAUCCAAUCAUUAUUUUUUUUUUCUGGAAAUUUACACAUCUGCUUUAACUGACUGCAUUUAAAACACAAAACAUAAUAGUCAAUUUUUUUAAGUCCAUGCAUAACCUUGAUAGUCAUCAGAUGAGGAUAAUAUUUGAGCCAAUGAGACAUGGACCCUAUACAGCUAUUCAUUUUCUGUUGCCUUUUAUGCUUAUACAUGUAGAGACCUUCAUGUGCAAAGGCAGUAUGAUGACCCAUUUUAAUCUAACACUACAAACAUACCGAGUAGUGGUGGUGGUGGGGUUUAAUAUUUAAGUGAGGCGUGUGGUAUUUUUCAGGAUGUACACACAAAAAAGACUCAAAUUACAAGUUCAUGAUCUGUAGAGUACAGAUUUGUAUAACAAAAAUCAUUUACUUCGCGGGUAUGUAGAUGAAGUGGUUUGAUAUUGCAAUAAAAUAAGCGGGAACGCCUCAAACUGUUAACAUACAGUAAUUAUUUUCUGAGUGUUUUGAAUUGAUUUAAAAAAAGAAGCUUAUUGUAAUCUCUAAAGGCUCUGUAUGCAGCCUCCAUUCAAUAAUUAUUGCAGUUACUGCUAAGAAGAGAAGUAGGAACAUAUCAAAAAUUUAGUAUUGAAUAACUGUGGAAAUAUUGCAGAACAUAAGACAAAAAAAUUAUAAUUUAAUGCUAAGUAACAGGUACCUAUCUUGUUAGUGCAAGAUGAAAAAAAUUAUAUUGUAAUUAAAAAAUAAAACAAUAAGGUUGAGUGUUUGAGGUAUUCUUAGUCCAGAUGUUUGUACACUAGUAGGUUAAUUCUCAAGAAAAUAUUGCAUAAUACCGCUGUCGGAUGAAAACCGUCGAUCUUUGAGCCUUAUUUUUGAAACGGCCCUUGUAUUUUACAAGAUAAGUGGAUGUUUAUGGGUCAUAUAUUGUUCCCACCACGCAAAGAUCUUGUACGUUUUAACUCAAGCCAGUACAACUGAAAAGAAUCCAGAAAGUGGGUUUUCUUGCGACAGCAGUAUUGUGACUCGUCAUUAGGAUUUAUUUAACCAACCACUACUUCUGUCAGUAUUUCUCAAUAAAGUCUUAUGUUUUUGUUUUUUUUUCUUUUUCUUCUUUCCCUCUGGUCAAUUGAGCAUAAUGGGUAUGCAUAAUAUUCAGGUGUAUUUCACUAUAGCAUUGGAUAUCUAAGUUAAAAAAAAAAAAUGCAGUAUAUUUAUACAGCAAGUGGUACAGUAAUGUAUUUCUAGCUAAGCAUGGUUGCAUCAGUGUGGCAGCUACUGUUUGUGCUUUUAAUAUAUAUAUUUUCUUUACCUUU